GGUGCCGCUGUGUUGCCUCAGUGUUGCCAAGGGAGACCGCAUGAAAACACCUCGUGCAUGUCCUCAAUGGCUUCAAGAGUUUCGGAACACAACUCUCACUACAAGCUGGACGUGGACUACCCGGAUCACGAGAGAGACAACGCAUGCUUUCGUUUUGAUAUUUGACCGUGAUUGAUUCUUUUCAUCUCUGGUAAACGAGGUUGCGGUGGAUUUUAAAAGGGGGGGAAAAGAGCAAAAGGGGGCAACAGGCUUUUCUUAAGCCGUAUUCACAGACACCGAACUGGAUGACUGUUUGCACCUACAUCCGUAUUGGAGUAAAAUGGCUCCAGAUGAGAGUUUGUUCACCAGUUCCUCUUAACAGCCAAGCAGAGCUCAGCCAGGACUGAGGUGGUCUGAGCCGUAUGCUUUGGGGCAGUUAUGAUCACGUCCCACAUGAACGGUUAUGUGCAAGAGGGCUCUGGCCAGGCCGCCAACCACAGGGAACGGGCGGUGGACUGUCCCGGCGAUGAGAGCUGCCUCGUCAAACCCGUGCACUGCAGCGCCCAGAUGGAGAGAAUUCAGCACUAUCAGGAGGAGCUGAGGAGGAGGAGAGAAGAGGACAGCCGGGGGAAGCACGACAUCGACCCCAACGCUUCACUGAGGCUCAAGAAGCUGGCGCAGAACCCCAAAGUGGGCGUUGACAAUCCCACCUUCGAGGGGAGGGAAAACACCACCAAAGAUGCACAUUCCCAGGCCCCGCUUGCUGAGCUGGAGGACCUGCUGCAGGCUGUAAAGUGGGUGCAGCAAUGCUUGAGUGACGCUCAGAGCCAGCAGGAUGCAGAGCUGCUGCUCCAGCUGCUGGCAAAGGAUGACUUCAAGUGCGCAUACAACAUCUACACUGUUGUGUCCCAAAAGAUGAACAGAGUGAACCCCACCUCGCCCCUCACUGUACAAGCGCAAGAACUUUGCCUAGAGGUCCAAAAGAUCCUCCAGUCCAGCCAACAGAGGGAAGGCUUGGAGCUCAGCGCUCUACUAACCAAUCCUCAUCUCCAGGCGCUGAUGCAGGCACAUGACAGCUUAGCAGUUCAGGAAAUAUCAGAAGACACUGUGAUCCAGUAUUUUGGAGAAACUGUGAAAAUGGUGCGGCUGCAUAAAACCCGUGAUACUCCACUGGGUGCGACCGUACGUAAUGACAUGGAUAGUGUUGUGGUGAGUCGAGUAGUGAAAGGCGGGACCGCGGAGCGAAGCGGCCUGCUCAAUGAGGGGGACGAGAUCCUGGAGAUCAAUGGCUUUUCAGUUCGUGGGAAGCACGUCAAUGAAGUUCACGACUUACUGCAACAAAUGCACGGCACUUUGACCUUCCUCCUCAUCCCAAGCUCUCAGAUUAAACCUGCCCAACACAGACAGACUGUGAUGCACGUACGAGCUUACUUUGACUACGACCCCUCGGAUGACCCUUUCGUGCCAUGUAGGGAGCUUGGCCUGUCUUUCCAGAAAGGGGAUAUUCUCCAUGUCAUCAGCCAGGACGACCCCAACUGGUGGCAGGCUUACAGGGACGGUGACGAGGAAAACCAGUUACUGGCUGGACUCAUUCCAGGGAAGUGCUUCCAGCAACAGCGAGAGACCUUGAAGCGAACUAUGCCAGACAGGAGUAGAGAACAACAACAAGGGAAGCGUUGGUAUGUGAAGAAAAACAAGAAACAGAAAAAGAAAAGCACAUCACCUCUGAGCAAAAGCACAGAAUGCGAUGACGUCCUGACCUACGAAGAAAUGUCUCUCUACCACCAACCCGCCAACCGCAAACGUCCCAUCGCUCUCAUCGCUCCGACAAACAGCGGCCACGACGAGCUGCGCCGCAGGCUGCUCUCAAUCGAACCAGACAAGUUUGCAGUCGCCGUCCCACACACAACCAGAAGCCCGAGGAUACAUGAACGAAACGGGCGCGAGUAUCACUUCGUGAGCCGACAAGGCUUCGAGGCCGACCUUUCAGCGGGGAAGUUCAUAGAGUCUGGGGAAUACGAGAAGAACCUGUAUGGGACCAGCACGGAUUCUGUGCGACAUGUGGUCAACUCUGGACGCAUCUGUUUGCUCUGUCUGCACACCAGGUCGUUGAAGGUGCUAAGGUCAUCCAACCUUAAGCCUUUCGUCAUCUUCAUUGCUCCUCCUUCUCAAGAACGACUGCGCACCCUGCUGGCUACUGAGGGAAAAACACCCAAGCCCGAGGACCUAAAGGAGGUCAUCGAGAAGGCUCGUGAGAUGGAGCAGGACUUCGGCCACGUUUUCGAUGCCACCAUCGUGAACUCCGAGCCAACCGAGGCUUUCUACGAACUGCGCAAGCUCAUCGAGAAGCUGGAUACUGAACCACAGUGGGUGCCCACCUCCUGGCUCUGCUAAACUUCUCAGUUGAAGGACAGAUGGUACUUUUGCACAUUUCGUUGAUUUGUUUCUCAGAGAUGAACUCAGGUUUCUUACAGUUCUUGUCUGUGCGUUUCAAUUGUCAUUUUAUCCUCCCCUUUUGCUUUAGCCAUUGAUGAACCAUAGAAACAUCUGAAUAUUUAUAAUUGUAAAUACAGAUUUUUUUGUUUUUUUUUAGAAAAAAUGUAAACAUUUUACUCUUUAAUUGUAUGUGUAUACAAUAUGAGGGGCAUAUUGAUAUAAUGGUACAUUGCUUUAAGUGACUGCAGUUACUUCUUCCUACCGCAAUCAGUGUUAUUUUUUUGUUUUACUAUUUGUGUUCUGUUGACAGGCCUCUAAUUAUAUUGUUUGCAAUGAUUGGUUAUUAUUAAAAAUGUAUGUUAUACAGGAAAAUCGUCUUCCCACCACCCUGUUACUGCAACACUGUCUAAAUUCAUACCUGACAAAAAUCUGUGAAAUGUAACAGUGUGGUGCAAAAUGCACAGGAGGAUGCAACCAGUUUGAGUUUGAAUACAGUACACAUUUUAUUUGAUGACAAAUGAAAUGUGUGUUUGGGCGGGUGCGGUUGCAAAGGAAUCAUAAGGUAAACAUCUUUGAAAUGAGGUAAUGGCACUCACACACUUGACUAGCAAAAUUAAGAUAUACAGCAUACAAUAUGAGGGACACCGUUUACUACUAAUUACCAUUCUAAUCUUUAUAUCAUGUAUAGUUUCUCAAUUUACACAUUAUUUUAGCUAGCUUGGAGUUCUGUACAAAGAUGGAAAUGCAUGAUUCUUUCCAGUAUUGCCACAAAACACAACACAAUAACACACAAUUACCUUCUUGGGAAG